CCAUUGCUCUUGAGAUAGAACACUUUGUCCACAUUGUGGCCAGUGUUGCUAUCUCCAUUGGAGUGCUUUUCUUCAUCAUUGCGGUCUCCAUGCAUUACCAUGUCCUGGAUUCCAUCAUCUUCCUCAUCGGUAUCAUUGUGGCCAAUGUGCCUGAGGGACUGUUAGCUACGGUUACGGUAACCUUGUCCUUGACCGCCAAGAGGAUGGCUAAAAAGAAUUGUUUGGUCAAGAAUUUGGAAGCCGUAGAGACACUGGGAUCCACUUCUGUCAUCUGCUCUGACAAGACGGGAACACUGACCCAGAAUCGAAUGACUGUAGCUCACCUGUGGUUUGACAAUGAAGUCUUCUCAGCGGACACCAGCGAAGAUCAGUCAAGUCAAUCGUUUGACCAAACGUCAGGCACAUGGGCUGCGUUAUCGAAAAUUGUCUCCCUUUGUAACCGGGCUGAAUUUAGGCCAGGCCAAGAAAAUGUACCCAUCAUGAAGAGAAUAGUCGUGGGAGAUGCUUCAGAAACAGCUCUUCUAAAAUUCUCAGAAGUGGUUUUGGGCGACGUCAUGGACAUCAGGAAGAAAAACCGGAAAGUGGCAGAAAUCCCCUUCAAUUCCACUAACAAGUUUCAGCUCUCCAUCCAUGAAACUGAAGACCCGAAUGACAAGCGUUUCCUGCUGGUGAUGAAAGGUGCUCCCGAACGGAUUUUAGAGAGAUGCACCACCAUGCUGGUUAACGGAAAGGAAGAGCCUCUGGAUGAGGAGAAAGCAGAAGCAUUCCAAACAGCAUAUUUGGCCCUAGGGGGAAUGGGAGAAAGAGUCCUUGGCUUCUGUCAUUUGCAUCUACCAGAAGAGGAAUUUCCAGAGAACUACACAUUCAACACUGAUUCCAUGAACUUUCCCACCAAUGGUCUUUGUUUCGUGGGACUCAUGUCAAUGAUUGACCCUCCUCGAUCUACUGUUCCAGAUGCUGUAAUAAAAUGCCGUAGUGCUGGGAUCAAGGUAAUAAUGGUGACAGGGGACCACCCUAUUACAGCGAAAGCCAUUGCUAAAAGUGUGGGGAUCAUCUCGGCUACCAGUGAGACAGUGGAAGACAUCGCUAAGCGCCUCAACAUUCCUGUUGAACAGGUGAACAAACGCAAGCAGUAGUUGCUGUAACUGGCGAUGGAGUCAAUGAUUCACCAGCUUUGAAGAAAGCAGAUAUCGGAAUUGCAAUGGGGAUCGCUGGCUCUGAUGCAGCUAAAAAUGCAGCAGAUAUGGUCUUGCUGGAUGACAACUUUGCUUCCAUCGUUACUGGAGUUGAAGAAGGCCGCCUGAUUUUUGACAACUUGAAGAAAACGAUCGCCUACACCUUGACCAAAAACAUCGCCGAGUUAUGUCCUUUCCUGAUUUACAUCAUUGCCAGCAUACCCCUCCCUAUUGGCACCAUCACCAUCCUCUUUAUCGACCUGGGCACAGACAUU